CUCCUCUCCGUCUCUGUGGGCGGUUGUUGCUGCUCGUCCCUCGUCGUCCGUGCAUCCGUGGUUGUUGCUGCCUGCACGCUGCCGUGUGUCGUCCACCUUCUGGAAUUGAUUUUGCCUCUGCAACAAGAGUUACAGGAAAGCAAACAAGCAUCAAGAAGAAGGAUAUAGUGACACAUGUAGCUCAAUCCUGGAUUUUAAGGAGAUAAAAAAAAAGAGUCAAGUUUGAUGAAUAUGUUGAAGCAAGCAGUCGGAAGAAUUUGGAAAAGCAGCAGUGGUUAUGCUUUAGAAGGAGGAACAAAAAUUUUGGCUUGGAGUUAUGUUCCUUCGAUCUAUUUCCACAAUACACAAGCUCAUACAGCACCUAGAAGCUUUUUCGGUGUUGAGGAUUUCCUUGAUGAUGACAACAGCAAACCUUACACUUACCAGAAAGGGAAGAAAUCAAAGAAUCCACAUAAACAUGUAUCGUUCAAACAAAGAACUGUUGCAUACAUGGAGCCUUUUACCCUUGAUGUGUUCAUCUCAAAGCGUUUUGUGUCGGCUUCGCUCACCCAUAGAGUGACAAGCAAACAGGUUGCAGUUUCUGGCACCAACUCCAAGGACAUAAAAGCUGUUCUUAAAUCUCGUUCAGACAUACCAGCUUGCAUAGCAAUUGGAAGGAUUUUGGCCGAAAGAGCAAGAGAAGCUGAUGUUUACACUGCCUCUUAUACUCCAAGGGAUAGGGAUAAAUUUGAAGGGAAAAUCAGAGCUGUAGUUCAAUCACUUAUUGAUAAUGGGAUUGAUGUCAAGGUUUAUCUUGAUUGAGUUAUUAACAUCUAUUUGAGCAAAA